UCCAUCAAAUCAAAGUGGCAGUGGCAUCAGUCAUCGCAUGUCAAAUAUUCUGAUUAUCAAUGAGAAGGGAAAUGUGUGAAAGAAAACAUUGUGUUUAAAACUCACCCUAAACUCGAAGUUUGUUUACAAUUUUAUUUUUACUUUAGUCACAUGAGUUGACUGCAUUUAGAUUAUACAUUAAAAUAUUAAAGAGUUCUUGCUAUAAGAACUAUUAAAAUGAGUCUUGAAGAAGCUCAAGAUUCCAAAAAAGCGCUUAUCUACCUGCCGUACAGUGAAUACUGUACCGAUCACCAAGGAUUAUUCCUACACGAAGAUGAGAAACUUGUGAAGCCCGGAGACAAGUUUAAAUCGCACGAUGACUUCGUACAGUACCUGAAUGAGAAUGCAAAGCGUUGGUGCUUCUACUACAGCUGUUCAGAUUCAAGGAACCCUAACACGGGGAAUGAAACUUACACAUACAACUGUGUUUACUUGAGAACUAAGGAAAAGUAUAAGAAGAAAGGAUUGAGGAAGAGAAACAACAACAUGAAGACUGACUGUCCUUGCAAGAUAAAGCUAAGGCAUCUACCCAACGAGAGAGAGCUCACCGUAGUGUACGUGUGUAAUCACCAUGAUCAUGAGUUAUCUUUACAAGAGUUUUACAAGCUGCAACAUGGACGUCGAUUACCGCCUUAUGUUAAGGAAGAGAUUAAAGAUUUCCUCCAACUAAAAGUGGACCUCAUGAAAAUCAAAGCGUAUGUUGAAAUGGAAACUGGUUUCAACAUGAGUCGUCCGUUCUUCUAUACGCUAGAGAAGAAUAUGAAGCGCAGAGAUGGAGAGAGACACAUCAGUGAACAAAGAUUGAAGUUGCUACAACAGAAGAUUGCAGCUGUCGACGAAAUGUUUGGUGACAAUCUAGAUGAGAGUGGAGAUGCCCAGGCGCAACAUGAUAGUGCUGAUGAUGAAGUGAUAAGAACUAAGAAAAUUAUCAACAGAUCAGCCCUUAAAAAUAUAGCAAGGGCACUUCAGCCAACUAAACGUCGUAAGCUUGGUUCGAAAGUCUUUGAAGAAGAGAUUUCGGAAACACCGAAAAGGAUCAAAAUUAAUACAAAUCAAGCAAACAACAGUCAAAAUGAAACAUUACAGAGUGUAAAGCAUUUACAGGACUCUGUCAAUGUCAAGUGUGAGAUUGAGCCCAACCCGUGGAUUGCUGAUCAGUGUGUUCCUGUGUUGACUAACAGUUACUCAUUAAAAACUGAAAACGCGGCACAACCUGAAGGCGAAGAAUCAGUACACAUACAAACUGUGGAACAUUUAGACGAAGACUUGCAUAUACUGGUGCAAAAUGGAAUUGAAAACUUGGGGUACACAAUACAAUAUUGCGAUGAUACAACCCAAGAAAUCAUAAGUAAUGAGUAUGUUAAAGAAGAACAAGUGAAUCAUGUUGAAGAGAAUCAAAUUGAUAAUAUAGCGUACGAAACUGUUGUUACCGAUGGUAACGAAACGCAAGAAGUUGUUGAAGAGUACAUAGCUAUUGGUGAAAGUAUAGAAGAUGCUGAAGCAAUAGAAAAAGGAAUGGUACAAGAGCAACAAGUAGAUGAAAUUGAUCAAAGUGAAGUAUUGGAACAAGAUUAUGAUAAUACUCAAGAUAUUGAAGAGAGUCAAGUACAAUAUAUAACUGAGGAUGGAGAAGUAGCUGAUAGUAUUGUGCAAUAUGUUGGUGAAGUUGCUGAUGGAAGCUACGCGCAAGACGUAGCAGUACAAACGGCUGACAAGUCUGGCAGUGGGCACACGCUUCUUCCAGUCUUCGAUGUUUAUAUGAAAGAUGGCAAUGUUACUGGUUUUGUUGUCGGUGAUAACUUGAUUACAGGUUUGAAAGAUGGUGUGGAUAAAGAAAUACAAACUAAUGAGGACUUGUUGAAUAGCAAUAACGUACGAGAAGUAAAAACAGAUGAUUACAACGUCGAAAUAAUUCAAGAGGUGACUAAAUCCAAACACGGCGACACGUAUACCAAACAUGAAUACGUGCACAGAUACAAUAUAGACAAGUACAUGAUACAACCACAUUUCCCAAAAUACGUAGACACGCUAGCUAAAGAAACGGGAAUGGAUGUACUACAUAUGUUCGCAAAUAUAUACAAAGAGAAAGCCAUGUUCAAAAUUACCACCACUCAAAGAGGCAAGGAAGGAGAUACAAGAAUAUGGUACGUUAAAAGCGGAUCCCGAGCGAGAAGAAAUAGCUUAGAAGAGUCUAAUAAAGAAAAACUGGGGCGAAACCUUCAAAGCAUUUUCAUUCUAAAGGAAAAACUGAGAUAUAUGAAGCAAAAGAAUAGUGAAUUGAUAAUUAAAAAUAAACAGCUAGAAGAAGUCGCGCUAAAGCUUGUCGAGAUGACAUCGUAGUAAUAAUUAUGUUAAAUGUUACUAAAGAUUAAUAAAAACUAAAUACCUGUUA